AUGAUACAUUUCUCAAUGUUGAACUUGGUUUUCUGUUUCCAGUUUACUGAAGGUAUUCGACCAACUCUAGCUGAACUCGAACGAUUUCAUCAUACUCCGGAUAGUUUACAGAUAGCUGCUAACGCUGCGGCUACAUUGACUACAGGUAGUAAUGCAGAGGUAACGUUAAGUCAUUGUUUCACACCUGGAGAUGUUGUUGAAGUAUGCGAAGGGGAUCUUAAAAAUCUUCGUGGUAAAGUGGUUUCAAUUGAAGGCAAUAACAGAAUUAUUGUUCAACCGAAUCAUUCUGAUCUACAUGAACCGAUACCUUUUACACCGAUUGAACUGAGAAAAUUUUUCAGUCAAGGUGAUCAUGUUAAGGUGCUCAGUGGUCGACAUGCUAAUGAGACUGGUUUAGUGAUACGUUUCGAUCCUACUCUAGCUGUUGUCCUAUCUGAUCAUAGUAUGAAUGAAAUGAAAGUUGCUCCGAAAGACUUACGUUUGUGGCAAGAUCGUGCUACAACUGUUGAGUCAUCUGGACAUGUUCAACUAAUGGAUCUAGUACAAGUUGAUCCUCAAACGGUUGGUGUUGUUGUCCAUGUGGAACGGGAUCAAGUGUCUGUCUUGACGUGUUUUGGUAAGGUGGUCAAUUUGAAGUCGAAUACAGCAUUGCGUCGAUUGAAUAGUGUUCGUCGACCACCACCACAGGCGUUGGAUCGUAAUGGGAAUUCUAUUCAGUUGAAACAAAUGGUUCGUAUAUUAGAGAAACCUCAUUGUGGAUUAGUCGGUGAAGUGAGACACCUAUAUCGUUCGUGGGCAUUCAUUUAUUGUCGUACACAUUUAGAGAAUGCUGGACUUGUUGUUGCCAAAACUCGUCAAUUAUCUGUGUUGACGACUUCGCAAGGUGGAAAUGAUCAGCAAGGAAGUAAUGAAGCUGGUAUGUCGGUGAAAACGGUCACACCUGUUGGAGGUGGUGGUGCUCGGAACUUUGGUGGUGGCAAUGGUGAAGGUGGACGGGGAAGAGGUAAUCGUAACGAACGUCAACUGGUCGGUAGAACAGCUUUAAUUGUUAAGGGUACAUUGAAAGGUCUGUUGGGUAUAAUUUGUGAUGCGACACCGACACAUGUAGUACUGGAAUUACACAGUCAAUUCAAGAAGGUGCCUGUAGCACGUGAGAAUAUGGCUUUGUUAGACAGUGGUGGUCGUAUUAUGGAGACACAGUAUGGUGCUACUGCUACACCUCGUAUUACACCGCUGCGUGAAAUGCGCACACCACAGUUGGCGUAUGGUUCCCAAACCCCUCAUGCAGCUAGUACGACUCCACGUGGUGACAGCACUCCGUUACCGAGUGCAUUUAACGCUGGUAUGGCUACACCGAAAAUCAACAAUCUUGAUGAUCCUAUGACUCCAAGUUCUAGUUUUCUAUGGACUUCAAGUGAUCUUCAUCGCAUGUCUGGUUCCAGUACUCACUCAUUAUCAGAUAAUGAGUAGAAGAUAAGAAGUAUAUGAUAUUGUUAAAGCCUAUAUUAUUUAAUUCAUAGUUUCAGCUUCGAUGAGAUAAGGAUGACUUUGAUGACGGUGGGGAUGUGACCAGUUUUCUUGUUUUCGUUUGUGUGUUUGGUUGCCUUUUACGGUAUUUUGGGGUGUUAAAUUGUGUUCAACACACUAGUGUAAUAAGUCAGAUUACUCUUCAUCGCUUGAGAAUUUGUGAGUGUGAACCUGUUAGUUUUCUGUUUUGAUGACUUAAACAUGAUAACUGUACUGCAGAUGGUGUCGCUUUAUGCAUAAAGAAAUCGGAAUUAUGUGUACAAAGGAAACCUUUGUUGCUACUUUGGACCUAGUAAAUUGCUAACAAUACCUUGACCUAUAUAUCUAUCUCCUAUUAUUUGCAGUUUUGUGAUACAUAUUUUAAUAACCCAAUAUCGUCUGUUAACAUUUUACUUGCUCUCGUUUGCCCAAUGGAAUAUUCCCUCUGUAUUCCUUUUUAUAUCUGCAGUUUUAUACUACUUAGUAUCUUUAAGUAGUAUAGUUCAUGCUUCCGUAUAAUGUUGCUUCACCUACAUCUUUGUUCAUUGUGUUCAGUUGUAUCUUGUUCAUCAUUUAACAUCAGUAGAUAUUGGUAUCUUUCACAGUUCAUGAUGCUGUUGUAAUUUCUUACGGUGUUUUGUGAUGUUCUGUUUUACCUUGAAAAUCUUGCGUCUUAACCUCAUCGCGCGUCCUUUAUAUUCCACUCAGGUAGCUUUGACACAGUUUUGCUGUUUUUACUAUUGACGCGCUCUUUGUAGAGUGCUUCGAUAACGAUAACGCAGGCAUAUGAAGAGCAAAUCAAGAGAGAAGCAGGAAGGGAAAUGAAACGCAACGGGCAAAUGACUAUCUUAGUGGAGAGUACUAUAUUUGAUGACUACUGCACAAAAUGUAAAUAAUAGACAUUCCUUCCUUCGUAUCUGUCUUCUCAUUUCCUACAAGUGGGGUAGCUACCUAUGGACGUGGUGAAGAUUCCGUAGUCUACAGUGUUUGGGGAUGGAGAUAUCAAGGUCUUCUUCAGAGACUUCGAGUGAGUCGCAGAGCUGGUGGGUGUCCGGGAUCAAGGAGCGAAGGUCGUGGUGCUGGACACGUUGCUGAGGGGCAGAGCGAAAGCUGCAUAUGACGGGUGGAACGCGGAGAUGGGAAGGAGACUUGGUAGAUAAUAGUUGAACGAUUGGAGGUGGAGUUUGACAGCUCAGCGAACAGGGAGCUGGCGAUGCAGCAGUUCCGGAGCACGAAACUUGGAAUAGACGACCCGCUGGUAUUGGCUGCUAAGAUGACGAGCACUCUUACGUUGGAUGAGGACUCCCAAGAGCGGUUAUGGCGAAUGAAGUCGCCGAUAAAUAUAUCUUAACUGAACUUCUUGUUUUCUCUAAUGUCUUGAUGGGGUAUUUUCAAUGAUGUCCUUAUACGAUAAAUGUCUAAUAUGUCAAAACGGACUUCGGGAACUGCUCCAAAUGAAUGGUUAACAGUUAAGAUGAUUUCUUUUCGUCUUCCUAGUUAUUUUUUCUCAUGAAGGUUGGAAAGUAUCCACAUAAGUCCAUCAGAGAUGAUGUUGAACUAAACUUCAGUGAUAGGAAAGUUUAAAUACGACUAGUCAGUUUGCAGACACAACAUUUAAGGUCAUUCGUGUGUGUUCAUAUACCUUAUGAACGGUACAUUAGCUGUUGAUGAGUUUUAGCCAAGAUUAGGUUAUCAUUUAUAGGAAGAGUAUUGGAUUGCUUUCAAGAAGCUUAGAUAGUGAAUGUGAUGUGGCGAUGCCAUGUGUACGUAAGAAGGAGCGAAGAGAUGUUUUCAUCUCUUGUUGUCCCAUCUGUCUCACGGAGAAAUCGUUUCUCGAAGGGUCUCAUUUAACUCUUCAAGAAACAAUCAUUUUAGUGUUACACUGUGGGUUGUUAAGACACCUGAUAUGUGUGAGGAGGUCUUGUAGCUGUUAGUGAAGUAGUCUGAAUGGAUUGGUAUUAGCAGCUCAUGGAUAUUUGCUUGUAGCUGAACUGCAGACUGGAUAUCAAGUUUGGAGCUAGUGAUGAGUUUGUUUUUGGGAAGCCCUAAUAUUCCCGACGAGGGAAACUUCGACAGGACUGAGUAAGUUGUGUAUGUAUAUAUAUAUCUUGGACAAUGGCAGAUAUUUGGUGUAGACGAUAGAAAUAGGAAGAAAGGAAAUAGUGGAUUGGAGAAGAUUGGGUGUGAAUAGUCUUUUCUGGUAGUUGUAGAAAAAUGGAUAGAUUUGGGAAUGACUAAAUACACAUGUGCUUGGAAGUUAUGGAUGUCGUUGUCUGGCAUGGGGAUUACUUUCUCACAGUUAUUGGUGAUAUAAGGCACAUCGCUGAUUCGAAAACUACAGUUUCAUAUAAACAACAUUGAAAUAAAGUGGAGUUGCAUUUGAAAGUUGGUAAGGUGUUUAAAAGAAUCAGGACGGGAUACGACAUGGUCUCAUGUAGAUGAGUGGCGAUGCGGAUAGUGGUAUGAUUUCAUAGAUGAUGAACUUGUUGAAAAUGUGGAUAUCUUUAAUUAUGUAAUACAGAUUUGCGAAUAGAAGACAAUUUUCAUGAUUGAUUGUGAUGUUCUUCAUGUGCUCUAAUCUGAUCGGUGAAUAAAUACUCGAAAGUGAUUGGUCAUCACUAAAGUGUUUAGUUGAUGCCAAAAAACAGAGAAAGGUAAGUUUCACUAUGGGAUAUAUAUAUAUAGUUAUGGAAGAGCAUAAGGCGGAUAAUUAAUAUGGUGAAUAUAAUCAAUUACAUACAUGAUGAUGCAUUGUUUACAGUUAUGAUGUUAUAUUUUUGCAUGUACUCUGAGGGAGAACUGCAUUUCUCUUUGCAGUUUAGAGAAGUAGUCAG